AUGGGAUUAAGUCACUCUUCAACUUAUCAUUCUUCUCAUAUAAGGAGUGUGACGGAAUUUGGUCCGGUUAUCGUCGAACCACAUUCAGAAAUAUACCCGCGUUUGUCAAUUGAAGAUUUCAUUGGCUGUGACAAUGAAACAUACAGCCCACAAUUCGAAUUGUUUGUUCAAAGUUAUCAAGCGAUGUAUGAUCGUCCCCACACCGAUAUGCGAUCAUAUUACCAGGUGGCUGGAAUCCAUUCACUACCUUGGACACCUUAUGAUGGAGUUACUGGUGGUAUUCAUGAAUAUAAAAAUGAGACUGAUUGGGCAACAGGUCGUUGGGGUGGAUAUUGUUCGCAUGGAAGUGUUUUGUUUGGACCAUGGCACCGACCUUAUUUACUAUUAAUUGAAUCGUUAGUAAUUAAUGAAGCAAAGAAAAUUGCUUUACAAUACCCUGAUAACGAAAAAGAAAAGUACGUUGAAGCAGCAAAUCAAUUGCGCUUUCCCUAUUGGGAUUGGGCUGAUGAAAAGGCACUACUCAAAGGCAUGCCGGAUGUAUUCAUAGUAGCUGAACUCGAAAUAAAAACACCAAAAGGUAAAGAAAAAGUCAAAAAUCCGUUAAAAAGUUAUACAUUACCUGUAGAUCUUUCAUUUCCCCUUGGAAAAG